CUAUUUUCUAUUUUCUAUUUUAUUUUUAACAAGAGAGAUGCCAAUGUUGAUCCAUGAACGGUGCGGCGCUGGACAACCUUUUGGGUGUUAAAUAAGCUGUCGUGGGAGCGAGGCAACGUCAUUCCAAAGUUUGCCGAUAAGAGCCCGCCCGCAUUUUUAAGGGAAUUAUUAGUAACUAACGCCACGGCACCCUCCUGAUAAUUUAAAUCAAAUGGUUCCCUUUUCCCUGGAAUGAAGACCUUAAAUGCCUCAUCAUACCUAGGUAUUAUUUGCGUUUUGUUUAAAUAAUUGUGCAGCUAUUUGAGAAUAGCUAUAUAACGCUAAACCCGAUUUGAACGGCGAACUCUAAAUUUUGGGACUUCAAAAAUUUCCCGUCUAUCACUCAAGAUCGGUAUCUUCAUCUACCCUGACCACAUUUAACGCAGCUCUGUCAAGCGACAAAUAAAUGAUCUAGCUUAAUUUACAGUUCCCGCUUUUUCGCAAUCUUUUGGCAAACUCUCACCCCCAGAGCCUACGCGGCGCAACUCAAACUACGGUUCCCCUCCGAUUAGUUCGGGCCUCCCACGACUACCCGUACAACACUCUCAGAAUGUCCGAACCCAUUCCCGAAUCCAUCCCGACCAGUCAAGAUCCGCGCAGCAAGCGGCCCCUAAAACGCCGCGCGCUCACCCCCGUCUCUGAACAAGCUACCCAAAUCCAGUCUCUCUUCAAAGACCCCUCAAAGGACAUCCAUAUACCUGCCCCCUCCAAACCACGCACAAGCGCGUCCCUAGCGCCACCGCCUGAAAUAGUCGCUAACGUUCAGGGCUCCUCGGCUGGUGCGGGUUCUGGAGAGUUCCACGUCUACAAAGCCAGUCGAAGAAGGGAAUAUGAACGCCUAAAGCUCAUGGAGCACGAAUUGAAGAUGGAGCAAGCGGAUGAGAUGUUCGAGCGGAGAAUGGAGGAGGCUAGACGUAAGGAUGAGGAGAGAACGGAGAAAAAUCGGAGAAAAAGGGAGAAGAAGAAGAAGGCGAAGGAGAAAAAAGGUGCUGCGGCCCCUUCGGCUGCCGGUCCUGAUGCUGAGAUGCCACGGGAGCGGAAUGGCGAGAGGAAUGCCAAUGGAGGCGCGGAUGGGAAUGAGAAUAAGGUGUCUGGAACGGAGAACGCUACAGAUGGACCUAGGGAAGAACUUGGUGUUAUAAUUCACGAUGAUGACUGAUUGAUCUUGGGGUUACAUUAUUUCAUUCGGUUGCCUUGGAAGAGACAGGAAGUAGGAAUUGCAGUCCAACGCGAUGCUACGAAUUAGGUGAUAAGGAAAAGAUAAUAUGAUACCCACAUAGCUGCUUUUAUUUGUAUUUGUAUUUAAUUAAUUUUUCGCUUAUCAUACAGGUCUAGAUGCUGUUGAAUGAUUUGCGUGAGGUGGGAAAAGAUUCAUCCAAAGGUUAAAAGCUCUAAGUCAUUUAUUCAUCACCACCGCCAACAUUCGCCGCUUGCUUCAGAGUUUUGGCACUACAGAUAUCAUCGACUCGAAGUAACAUGCAUGCGGACUGUAGCAAGGAACGUUAGAUGACAUUAUGUUGUGGGACAAAGAUUUUGAAAAAAACACUUACCUCGACUGCAGUUUUGAUGCUCUGUAAUUUGACUGCCUCAGGCUCCCACACACCAUAUUCUUUCAUAUCAACAACUUCUCCAGUAUCUCCAUCAACGCCAUAGGUGUUGUUACCUUCGACAUGUUUGGCUCUUAGGUUCGUAAGGAUGCGAAUAGGGCUGGCGCCAGCAUUCUGGAUGAGUGUUCUAGGGAUCACUUCCAUCGCAUCUGCAA